AUGCUGCAACGAGGACGUCAACCGAAAUCGGCGACGACCUCCUUGUCAGCAUCUUCAGCGCGUCUGGAUUCCCCAAGUGUUGAAGGUGUAAGCGAAACUCCAAAAAGAAGUUCGACAAAGGAGGGCAAAUCUCAAGGAAAAAAGUCUGAUACGCCUCGAGCACUCACAGAGAAAAAGAAAAACCAGAUAGGGUUGCAGCAAGAGGAGCUUGCUUCUUUAUUUGAAAGUGCUCGCAGAUUCGGAGUUGAUUUGUCUAAAUAUGAGCAAAAGACUCGGCUGUUGAGCACAAGCGACAUUGCAGAGCUGAAACUUCUAAUUAAGUCCUCGAGAACUCAGGAGAGAGAACUCGCUCGUGAAGCCAAAAGAAUGAAAAUGAAAGCGAAGCAUGAGUGGCAAAAGAAGAGGGAUGAUUUAGAUUGCGAUGAUCUCAAGGCUUUCCCGGUUUUCCCGGCAUUAGCCCUUCCGAGUUGGUUGAGCGAUGACGAAUUAUCCGAAUAUCUCGUGAUCUUACAGUUCUUCACUGCUUUCCAGGAACUUCUACCUAUCAAGGAAGUCAGAGGAACAAAUCGCGUGUGA